AUGGUAACAACGCCGAUAGUGAAACAUCUAUAUCAUCCUUCGAGGAGGUACGCGGGCUACAAGAGACAAACCAUCCUUAAUUCUGCUGUCAACAGUGAGCUGCGCAUACUGGCUUGUGUUUACAAUCAAGAAAACGUCCCCAGCAUCCUCAAUUUCCUUGAAGCCACUAAUCCAAUUACCAAAGAAAGCUUCGUAUGUAUAUAUGUUUUGCACCUUGUUGAGCUAGUUGGUCGUGCAACUUCCCUCCUCAUUGAACACGGAGAACAAAAGAAAAAACAAUUUACACGAGCCAACAGCCGCAAUUCUACAGAUAAAAUUAUAAAUGCCUUCCACCAGUUCGAACAACAGAAUGAAGGAUACACAAUAGGGCAAUGUUUCACUGCAAUAUCACCGUUCUCAAGUAUGGACAACGACGUAUCUCAGAUAGCAAUGAAAAAGAGGACGAAUCUGGUGAUCAUACCUUUCGGUGAGUUAGACGAACAUCCUUAUCGGGCAGUCAACCGAAAUGUUCUAAAAAAAACACCUUGCUCAGUUGGGAUACUCUUUGACCACAAAAAUAGUUCUGGUGCUGCUAUUGAUGUUUCCAUGACUUUCCAUAAUAUUGCCAUGAUUUUCAUCGGAGGUGCUGAUGAUCGAGAGGCUCUAGCAUAUAGUAUGAGAAUGGUAGAUAAGCCCAAUUUACAACUCUCUGUUUUUCGAUUCACGCAUAUGAAGCCAAACAAAAAUGCAAAAAAAGAUGAUGAAUUGAUAGGUUAUUUGUGGGACAAAAUUAUGAACACCGAAAACAUUGUUUACAAGGAACAAGAUGUAACAGAUUGUGCAGAUACAGCAAGUAGAAUCAAAUGCCUGGAAGACUCUUACGACUUCAUAAUUGGUUGGAGACGACAUGAUAGUAGCUCACCAAUUUUGCAUGGACUUGAUGAAUGGUGUGUUUUCAAAGAACUUGGUGUGAUUGGAGAUCUUUUGGCUACGUCUACUUUCGAGUGUAAUUUUUCAGUUUUGGUAAUGCAACAGUAG